GACUCGCAUCACUGCAUGCUGAUCAGUUGAACGAAAGUUUUUACAAACUCUAUUCCAUAGUUGUAUAUUAUAAACAUGAAGUUGUUGAUAGAAUUCAUUUUAAUUUCGUGUCUCGUCGCCGGGAUUUAUGGAGCCGCGGUACCCGAUGGACUUUACCAAGACGAGCUCGUUGACGACAGCCAGCCAGCUGGCAGCGAGGUCGAUUAUGAAGUUCCGGAUCUUGUGAGACAGCGUCGUUUUUCCUGUGACUUAUUUUCCUUCUCAUCGCAAUGGGCUACUCCGAACCACAGUGUCUGUGCCGCGAGAUGCAUCGCCACCGGAAAAAAAGGGGGUACGUGCCAAAAUGGAAAGUGUCAUUGUCGAGGAAAAUGGUUCGGCAAAUAAAUUUCAUGAGGUGACAGACACUCUUUUCCACUCGAUAUUCGUUAUGAUUCUCAACUACUAUUCACUAUUCAAAGUACUUAUCAGUUAUUUUAUUGUCUUUUGUAGGCAAAAAAAAUCUGUGCCAUAUUGAUGUUUAUAUCUUUGACUAUUGAAUAAAGUGCUGCAUUUAAU